UUGGGGUUCAUACACGAAACUUGAUUCAUUUUCUUCUUUUCAUUUCUUGAGAAAGAGAGAAAGAAAAGGAAACCCUAAAUCACCUUCUACAACGGUCAUUUCUAGGUAUCAAAUCCAUCGAGAUCGAUUCGUACUCCUUCAAAUCUCGAACGACUUGUUCGAUUUUCAGGCAAAAUAAUCAAAUCCACAUCGAUUAGGUUACAAUUUGUAAGCAUUUCUGGUCAAUUCGAAUUAAGGUUUUUUGUUGAGAUUUUCAUGAAAUUGAGAGAUUUUGAGGAUAAAUGAGGUCGGAAAGUGUAAUAAACGAAAGGAAUUUACAAAUUUCUCCAACGAGUUCAAGGUCUGUUACAGAAACUGUAAAUGGAUCUCAUAAAUUUGUUAUACAAGGGUAUUCGCUAGCGAAGGGAAUGGGAAUUGGUAAACAUAUAGCAAGUGAGAAUUUCACAGUUGGAGGUUAUCAAUGGGCGAUAUAUUUUUAUCCUGAUGGGAAAAAUCCAGAGGAUAAUUCGUCUUAUGUUUCUGUUUUCAUUGCGUUAGCGAGUGAAGGAGCUGAUGUGAGAGCUCUUUUUGAGCUGACUUUGGUUGAUCAAAGCGGGAAAGAAAAACAUAAGGUUCAUAGUCAUUUUGAUCGGUCUUUAGAAAGCGGACCUUAUACGUUGAAGUAUCGAGGGAGUAUGUGGGGUUAUAAACGCUUUUUUAGACGAGCUAUGCUUGAAACAUCUGAUUUUCUUAAGGAUGAUUGCCUGAAAAUUAAUUGCACUGUUGGUGUAGUGGUAUCAAAAGUCGACCCCUCGAGGUUACCCUCUAUUGUAGUCCCAGAAUCUGAUAUUGGAUCCCAUUUUGGUAUGCUACUGGAUAACAAGGAUGGUUCAGAUAUUGUAUUUGAUGUGUCGGGAGAGAAAUUCCAUGCUCAUAAGUUGGUAUUGGCGGCUCGUUCUCCUGCAUUGCGAGCCGAGUUCUUCGAUGAUUUAGAAGAAAAUAAGCAGGAGAUUGUUGUUACGGAGCUGGAACCUAAGGUCUUUAAGGCUAUGUUGCACUUUAUAUACCGAGAUACUCUUGUCGAAGAUGAGGAAUUGUUAGCAUCAAGUUCAUCUUGUGAAUUUUCUGUAUCUGACACAUUGAUUGCCAAGAUAUUAGCUGCUGCAGACAAGUAUGGUCUGAUUAGACUUAGACUAAUGUGCGAGUCCUAUCUUUGCAAGGAUAUAUCCAUAGGUUCUGUUGCGAGAAUGCUUGCAUUGGCUGAUCGCUAUCAAGCUGCGGAAUUAAAAGCUGCCUGCCUAAAAUUUGCUGCUGAAAAUUUAGCAGCUAUAAUGAGAUCGGAUGGGUUUGAGUAUCUCAAAGAGAAUUGCCCAGCGUUGCAGUCAGAAAUCCUGAAGACUGUAGCUGGGUGUGAAGAGGAAUGCAGCAGUGGGGGUGGAAAGAGCCGAAGUGUUUGGGCCCAGCUCUCAGACGGUGGGGAUACCAGUGGAAGAAGAGUGCGGCAAAGGACGACCUGAGGUACAAGAUAUAGAUUUCGAUUCUUGUGCUUACUGAGCCUUUUUAUAAAUUGUGUUGACCCAAAACAAGUUAAUUGAAAAACAGGACAAAAAAGAAAGUAGAAAGAGCAAAUACAUUCCCUUCACUGUUUCAGCCCUUCUUGUUUAGUCUUUAUAUGAUGAUGAUGAAAAAGAAUUGCAGUGCACAAAAGUCCCGAACAUUGUGGAAGUUGUAAAAUCGUUUUUGUAAAAACUGACAACAAUCUCAAACUGGAAAGUGGAUAUUCUCACUUGUUUCACUUUUGUCUGCUCUCUCUCUCGUUUUUUUCUCUUUCUUUGUUCAGCUCCUCAUGAGAAUCUUGUGCAUCUGUUUGUAUUGGCCCUUUGCUUUGUUGUG